UGUGUGUGUGUGUGUGUGUGUGUGUGUGUGUGUGUGUGUAGGGAGUGGCAGCAGCCAUCGCAUGCCGGCAGAAAUAUUUCCAUUCAAAGGAAACGGUGAAGCUGCACACUGCCUGCUCGGGGGUUUGACUGAAAAACGGAUGGACUUUAAAAAGUCCUACAGGUAAAAUGGAGAGUGCGACCCACAGUUUGAAUAUCUAGUGCCUCGUGGAUUAUUCCCCCUCUCACAAGCAAACACCAUGAACAUGCUAAAGUCCAGCGGCCUUAAGAUCCCCGGCAGGGGUCCGAAGCACUCCAGCCCGGUGGGACGAACCACCACGGGGCCCCCAUCUGCCCCCGCAACUCAGAAAGACAAUGUUUCUCACAAACAGCCCCUGCCGGCCCCGAGCAGCAGUGCAUCCGACAAGUCAAGCUCGAAAGCUUCGGAGGUGGGCGACGAAGUGCCGAGCGACUUUGCGUUAGGCGAGCGUGUAUGGGUGAACGGCGUGAAGCCGGGCCGCGUGGCUUAUCUUGGCGAGACCCAGUUUGCCCCGGGCCAGUGGGCAGGGGUCGUUCUUGAUGAACCUGUGGGGAAGAAUGACGGCUCAGUGGGCGGUGUGCGAUACUUCGAGUGCCUGCCUCUCCAGGGUAUCUUCACUCGGCCCUCCAAGCUCACGCGCCAGCCUGCAGCCGAAAGUGGCGAUGCCCAUUCUGCAGAUCCGCUUGCCGGACCAAACUGCCAAACUGCCACCGGAGCCCAGCGUGUAGUCGUACCCCUGCGGGAGGGAAUACUAAACAGUGCAACCAAAACAGGCAACGAGUCUGGCUCCAACAUGUCUGACAGUGGUUCGGUGAAGAAAGGUGGAGAGAAGGAUCUCCGAGUGGGAGACCGCGUUCUGGUGGGCGGCACAAAGACCGGUGUGGUGCGGUACGUCGGCGAGACAGACUUUGCCAAGGGCGAGUGGUGUGGCGUGGAGCUGGACGAGCCACUCGGGAAGAACGAUGGAGCCGUGGCCGGGACCAGGUAUUUUCAGUGCCCACCAAAAUUUGGCCUGUUUGCCCCUAUUCACAAGGUGAUCCGCAUCGGCUUUCCAUCCACAAGUCCUGCCAAGGCCAAGAAGAGCAAGCGUGUGGCAAUGGGAGUAUCUUCGCUGGCUCACAGCCCCAGCAGCUCAUCCAUCAGCUCCGUCAGCUCCGUGGCCUCCAGCGUCGGCGGCAGGCCCAGCCGCACCGGCCUGUUGACCGAGACUUCGUCCCGUUAUGCGCGCAAGAUCUCAGGCACCACUGCACUGCAGGAGGCGCUCAAAGAAAAGCAGCAGCACAUCGAGCAGCUUCUGGCCGAGCGCGACCUGGAACGAGCCGAAGUGGCCAAGGCCACCAGCCACAUCUGCGAGGUGGAGAAAGAACUCAACACACUCAAAGCCCAGCACCUGCAGUAUGCAACAGAGACAGAGAGCAACCUGCAGCAAGUGCGCACUCUAUUGGCCAAUGCACAGAGAGACAAAAUGGAACUGACCAAUCAGCUUGAAGAAGAGAAAAGGAAAGUGGAGGACCUUCAGUUCAGGGUGGAGGAGGAAUCCAUCACUAAAGGGGAUCUCGAGACUCAGACCAAACUGGAGCAUGCCCGUAUUCGGCAGCUCGAGCGGAAUUUGCGUUUGGAAAAGUCCAAAGCAGAGAGGCUUCAGAAAGAGUUAGAGGAAAAGCAAACCACGGUUGAGGAGAAGAGCCGCGUGAUGCAACUGGAGGAGGAAUUAACCCUGUGCAAAGCCGAAGUGGGCGAACUCCAGUCACGCCUGCAGAUGGCAUCGUCCUCCGUAGUGGAAGGUGGAGAUGUGAUUGCAAGCUCCGAGGCUCUCGUUCUCCGAGAACGCCUCGAAACUGCACGCCGCGAAGAGAGCAACCAGCUACGUGAACGCUACGAGGCCAUGCUGAGCAGCAGCCGCCAAGAAACCGAACGUCUCAAGGCCACCACAGAACGGCAGGGCUCAGAGAUCGCCAAACUGCGCCAACGGCUCCAGCAGGCCACACGUGAGAACAUGGAGAUGAUGGAUAGCUGGAAAGCCAAGCUGGACACCCUGGUUGGAGACCACCAACGUGCCCUGGAGGAGCUCAAAUCCUCAAUGAUCAACGAUUCCAAAGCUUCUGAGACCGGCGGAGGAGGCGGAGACGGUCCCACGCUUGAAAUGAGGGCCACCGUAGAGAGCUUGAGGAUGGAGCAGCAGCUGGAGGUGGAGAAUCUCAAGGCCAAACACGAGAUCGAAGUGGCCGUGUUGGCCAAGGAACGAGAGGAGCUUCGGGUCAAGGUCCAAGAACUACAAGAUAAGCUAGAGGAGAGCGAGGAGAACGCCAGGAGCAACCUGGAGUUCAACGAGUCUACCGAGAAGCUUCAGGAGGCCGAACUAAAGGUCAUGAGUUUGAGGGAGCGGCUUGAGUUGGCCGAGAAGAAGAUGGCCGACUACGAGGCUCUGCAGAGCGCCGAAGCACAAAGCAAAGCCGAGAUCCGAGAUCUGCAGGAGAAGCUGAGGGUUAGCGAGAACCGGCUGCAGUCUGUCGAGGCUGAUCACAUCAGCCAGGACGUCAACAUGAUAGAAAAUAAUGACAACUCUGAAGAGAAGAUUAAGUUAAAGCAAAAUAUGGAAGAAACCUUGGAGAAACUGGCAAAAAGAGAAAAAGAGGUUUCCACUCUUACUACACAAGUCGAUGACCUCAAAACACAGAUAACAGCCUUAGAGACUAAAGUCCGCAUAGGGGAGAGAAAAGCGGACGGCCUCUUCAGAGACAAGACGCGUCUGGAGGCAGAGCUGGAGGCUCUCACCAAGAAAUCCCACGAUGCAUCGGGCCAGCUGGUGAUCAUUAGUCAGGAACUUUUGAAGAAAGAGAGGAGUCUGAACGAGCUGCGCGUCUUGCUGCUGGACUCGCCACGUCACUCACCAGGCAUAGACCGCGAAAUGAGCCGCGAGUUGCACAAGACCGAGUGGAAGAUGAAGGAACAGAAGCUGCAAGAUGACAUCAAGAGCCUCAGGGAGAAACUUCUGCUUCUGGGGCGUGAGAGGGCAUCACCUGAGCACCGUCGCUUCUCCAUGAUGGAGGCGUCAGGGACGGACGUAGAGGUGGCACGCCUACGCCAACGACUCCUGAGCACCGAGGAGGCCUUGAGAAACGCGCUGGAACACAACCAAGAGGUGGAUCAGCUGGUGCAGGCCAUGCGCAUGCGACCUGAUAAGGUAUACAGCAGGCCAAAUUCGGCAAACGGGAUCCAUCAACAAGACGCUACCUUCACGGAAGAGGGACAGCACUGAUGAUGGGGGUCUUCAAGCAUUUAGGGAAAAAUAAUGGAGGUACGCUGCAAAAAAAAAAAAAAAAAAAAUACCUUGAGACACCUCAGCUCGGGACCGAACCCUCAUCGAAGAGCUUCGCAUUCUUUUCACAAGUUAUCACCAAGCCGACGAACAAACUGAAAUCACUUAGCGAAUGUGUAUGUAAAAACAGUGAGAUACUAUUUAAAAAAGAAAAAAAAAAAGAAAAAGCAAACACAACCAAACAAAGAAAUGAUCUUUGAAGCGGUACGUUGCGGUUUUAGACUCGGACCACUGAUCCACCUUGUACGCUACCUCCAGUAUGGACAAUUAAUCCAAGGGAAGUGAAAAAAGCGGCGCCUGAGCACCUGAAACCUCCAUGAAGCUAAGUAGUCCGAUUGGCCACGAGGUGGUUUGGUAAACCUUUUGGUCUUGAUUUAUACUUUAAUUUAUUUGCAUUUUACGCUGUCAGAUUUGAGACGGAAGGCGUCUCUCGAAUUCUUUUCUUUUCUUUUUUUUGCCUUGAAAGACUUGCUAUUCUCCCUAAGCCUCUGUAGUGAAUGUCUAAGUAAAGAAGACGGGAUCGUUCCACUUCGCACUUGUUUUUGUUUUCUUUUUCCUUGCGUACUGUACAAAUGCCACAGUGUUCAGCCACCUACCAGUAUCCAUCCUCCUGUAAUCCAUUAAAAUAGCACACGAUUUUUUUUAGGAAUUCCAGUGUUUCAAACGAAGACUUUCACCACUGUAUUCCUGUAAAAGACUUAACGGCCAGACAUAUUAUUAAGCCUAGUACUGUGUUUAUGCUGUAUAUUUAUGUGUCACGAUACAGUUUUCACUGUAACCAGCUAGGUCGAAGUAAAAUUAGGCUUUGAACGUACGCCAUUUAUCACACAUCUCCGUUUUUCUACAAGCGAUCACAUUAUAACCUAAAUGUCAGCAGGGUCGAAUUUGAGAAACACAACCCACCCGUUUAGCUCAAUUACGGAUUCGAUCUUUCUAUCAGUGCGAACAGGGAUUUCAUAUUGGCAGGAACGGAUUAAACAAAUAAAACGAUAGGGCUGGCCCCAAGUUUUGCAAAAACGAAGCUUCAAGUCGUUGGACUCUGAUGUUCUUUUAUGCUUUCACAAAAAAAAAAAAGAUUUUUCUCCCUUGGCUCUAGCUGUAAUCAUCUUGAUUCAAUCAUUAAAAAGAAAUAAAACUUA